AUCGUGCAGCAGCAGUUCCUUCACCCUGGCUCAAUGUUGAGUUCGGCACGUCUGUACGGUAGGAUACGAUUGAAAACAACCCUCCCGCUACGUUCGCCGUAUCCCUGCGAAGGAUAUACCCACCGGCACGGUUCGAACUUUGUCCCGAAGCAACGCUUUGCGAUGAGAACCGCCUACUUCAAACAGCUGCCGGGUGAGGAGCAGUGUCAGAUCAGCUUUCACCUGGUGCUGGACCGGUACAAGAUCGACAAAGUGUUCAACUUCAACCGCAACCUGACGGAGCAGAUCGACAGCAGCCUGGACCGUAUCCGGGUGAACGUGGAGAAAGAGUUCCAGAAGAAAAACAAGCGGAAAAAGGCGAAAAAGGCACCCGCCGGACAAGCGACCGAAGAUGGCGGCGCAGAGGAACCGCCGGUGGAAGGAUCUGCGGAACCGGUACCGGUGGUCGUGUCCCUCGGCACGGCGGAGGAACGGCUUACCAACAUGACCAUCGCCGACAUGCUCGCCAAGCUAACGACCCACCCGAACGUGCAGCUUACCGUGAUGGAUGCGGACUUUCAAAUUGCCUACAACAGCCCGGAGGUGCAUGCGGUCAAACUGCCCACCUCGAUACUGGCCGACUUCUACGUCUCACCGUCCCGGCUGGAGCUACACUUUGCCACACCGGAGUGCAGUGCGUACUGCUGGUCGCGGGGCCGCAUGCCCGAGUCGGGCAAUGCGCAGCAGAUCGCAUGGGAGCCGGUCGGGUCGGAGCUGUCCUAUCUGGUGCAGAAGGUUGACGUGGGGCUGCAUCUGAAGUUUAGCUGCACACCGACGGAUGAGGCGGGCCGUACGGGACCGCUGACGGAAAUCAUUUCGCCCCAGCCAGUACAGGCCGGCCCGGGUCUGUGUCCGUUCGAAGUGCGGCAUCUGUUCACGCAGCAGAAGCUGCGCGAUGGGCAGUUCCGGGUGGUGUCGUACAACAUACUGGCCGAUCUGUACACGGACAGCGAGUACAGCCGGACGGUGCUGUUCGGCUACACCGCACCGUACGCGCUCGAGAUCGACUACCGGAAGCAGCUGUUCGUGAAGGAGAUACUGGGCUACCGGGCGGACCUCAUCUGUCUGCAGGAGGUCGACACGAAGGUGUUCAGCCUGGAUUUGGUGCCGAUUUUCAGCCGCAAAAACCUUGCGGGCCACUAUCAAGCGAAGGGCAAGGUGGCGGAGGGACUGGCAACGUUUUACGAUUUGAACAAGUUCGAAUUGCUUGAAAAGGAUGGCGUUAUUUUAAGCGAAAUUUUGGAACGCUAUCCCCAGCUGUGGGACAGGAUACGGGACAACCAACCGUUGGUGGAGCGGAUAGCGAACCGUUCUACUGCACUGCAGCUUACCCUGCUACGGAGCAAGCAUGACCCGCGGAAGCAUCUGCUCGUCGCCAACACGCACCUAUACUUCGCGCCAGACGCGGACCACGUGCGCUUGCUGCAGAUGGGAUACGCAAUGCAGUACGUAUGCGAGCAGCACGAGCGCAUCCGGCAGCAGUACGAACUAUCGGAAGCGACCGAUUUGGCGCUCGUGUUUUGUGGUGACUUUAAUUCCACGCCGGAAUGUGGCAUCUACCAGCUUAUGACGCAGCAGGCCGUCGGGCCGGAUGUUCCCGAUUGGGUCAGCAAUGUGGACGAAGCGGUGAAGGGUGUUUCGCUUUCGCAACCGUUCCAGAUGGGAUCGGCCUGCGGGUGUCCGGAGUACACUAACUACACGGUCGGGUUUAAGGCGUGCAUCGAUUACAUCUUUUUCAUGCGCGGCGCACUGAACGUGAAUGACGUGAUUCCGAUGCCCAGCGAGGAGGAACUGUCGCUGUAUCAGGCGAUUCCGUCGCUCGUCUUUCCAUCGGAUCAUAUUGCGCUGGUCGCUAACUUUGAGUGGGCGAAGUAAGGGUGCCGGACCAGCAAUCCCCGGUGGCAGGAUGUUGUUCUUUUCAUUGGCUUUGUUCAGUUGUUAGGAUAGGUGGAACAGUGCAGAAGGAAAAAGUCACCGUUAAUAGAAUAAAAUGUCUAUGUGAUUGUGUA